AUGGAUUUGUUUCUAAAGUCAUAUAAAGGCGAAUUUUUAGACCGAGUCACAAUCCCGGAAGAAGCAACGGGAGAUGACCUGAAAGCAUUAUUUUACGAAAAACAUCGGUUCUACCCAGAGCGCCAAAGGUGGAAUCUUAAUUCAGCCACUGGGCCACGUCUAACAAGUGAGAAGCUCAAGGACCAGGGCCUGAAGGACGGAAACUCGUUGUAUUUUAGAGAUUUGGGAGUCCAGAUAUCAUGGAGACUGGUCUUUUUCCUCGAGUACCUGGGACCUCUGAUUAUCUUGCCUCUCUUUUACUUUUUCCCCUCGUUCUUCUAUAAAACUGUGCCGAAAUCUCGAUACUGCUCGCAGAGAUUUGGCUUCUUCAUGCUGAUGUUCCACUUUGUGAAGAGGGAAUUUGAGACGUUUUUCAUCCAUAAGUUCUCGAGAAACACGAUGCCGAUCAAGAACCUGUUCACUAACUGCUUCCACUACUGGAUUCUGUGCGCAGUCUCAAUCGGAUUCUACCUGUUCCACCCGCAGUACAGGCCUGUUCUGUUCUUCACGAAAGGUUCUGAAAAGAUAGUCCUGUUCGUUCUGUAUUUCGUAUUCCAGUUCCUCACCUUCAUGACUCACCUGACACUCAGAAGACUGCGUCCCAAAGGCACAACGGGGAGGGGCAUUCCCAUGAAUUGGGGAUUCCAGUACGUGUCGUGUGCGAACUACCUGUGGGAGUUGAUGGUCUGGGUGGUAGUUGCGCUCUUUGUGAACACGGCCACCGCGUACCUGUUCGCGCUGGCAGUGUUCCUCAUCCUCGCAAACUGGGCGAAGAAAAAGCACGCCAAGUACCUUAGGGACUUCCCGAAUUAUGACAGAAACAGAAAGGCGCUGAUACCGUUUCUGCUUUAA